GUCUGCGGGUUUGUUUUGGUCCGUUCGCACGUGUGUAUCAAAGGUGUGCUCUUUAUACCAGUACCUGGAAUGUGCUGUCGGCGGUAACGAAGUUUCGUUAGUGUAUGUAACGCGAUCGCGCCCGUAAGUGUGCUACGAAAUCAAACAACUCAAAGUGGUGAUCAUUUACGUUCGUGUAAAUAACUAAGCUAAUUAACUAGAUUUCAGUCAUGUUGGAACUGUUUUUAGUAAGUUAGUUGUGAAUAUUAUUAAACGAAGCUAUCAAAGUAGGUGGAAAUCAUUAAAACAAUCGCCAAACAAGCUGCUCGUUGAUGAAACAUAGAUCUUCCAAACGCGCAAACACGCCCUAAAAACUCGAUCGACAACCUUGUAGUUGAAACAGGAUCCUUCAGUGCUUCAAAGUUGAAACUAAAUCAUGAAUCGUCUACUAGUCGGAGCUCUGGUCAGUUUAGCAUUAUUAAAAACGGCUCUAGCGAUCGAGUGCUACGUGUGCAAUGCGACCGAUUCCAGCACCCCGUUCCAGUGCAGCGAGUGGUUCGAACGCUUCGAUACCCCAGACAUAAAACCGCAGGAUUGUUCCAACGUGUACGGCGCCAAAUACUGCAUCAAACACAUCGGUCGCUUCGAAGGCGGAAUCGGAGCCAAGCGGUACUGCUCUUCGCGCGAUCUGGGCAACUACUGCAACUAUGUGCGCAAUCCAGGCGACAAGAUCGAGUACCGGUCUUGUAUUUUUACCUGCAGCACCGACGGCUGCAACGGUGCUUCCGGACUGUUCGGCUUCCAGACGAUCAUGCUGAGUGCGGUGCUCGGUGCUGCGGCCAUCAUGGUGAGGUUCACUUGGCAGUAGUGUGAUGACACAAAGGUGCAUGGAAUCCGUUUCCAUUGCAGUUGCAUUUCGUACACAAACUGUGUAGUUUUAUUAUUAAGUAUCUUAGUUUGAAGAGCGUAGAUGCAGUUAAAGUACAUAUUUUGUCUUUACCUACUUUUUAAAUGAUGCUUGAACACUCCGUCCUCUAUUUAGUUGGUAGUAGAUAAAGCUUAUAUAUUACAUCGAGAUAUUGAUUUUUAUAAGACUAGACCUUUGAAUAAAAAAUAAAAUGAAAACACAA